GCACAAACUGUACUGUUCAUUUUUCAAGAAGGUAAAAUCUCUGAAACACAGCAGCUCUCUUAUAACACAAUGGCACAUUUUCUUUACGUUGCUAUAGAUUUUGGAACAUCAUUCAGCGGAUAUGCCUUCAGCUUUAAGACUGAUAAACGUCUAGAACAAAUUAGGAUUCCUUCCUGGGGUGUUGAGCAAGGUCUAAAAACCUUCAAAACCCCCACCUGCAUUUUGUUUGAUGAAGAACAGAACUUCCAGAAGUUUGGUUAUGAUGCCAUGAAAACAUACACCAUGCUGAUGAAAAAAGAAGAAGCAAAGAAACACUAUCUAUUUGAACACUUCAAAAUGGAGCUGUAUGAUAAAGAAAUCCACAGAGAUUUGAUUAUCACAGAAUCAAAUGGGAAAACAAUGAAGGCUAUAAAGGUUUUCUCUGAGAGUCUGCGAUACCUGAAGGAUCAUGCACUGGACAAAAUUGGACAAAACACUGAAGGACAAAAGUUCACUGCAUCUGAUGUGACGUGGGUGUUAACAGUUCCUGCUAUCUGGCAUGCGGCAGCUAAACAAUUCAUGAGAGAAGCAGCUGUUGAGGCAGGUCUUGUGACGGAUUCUACACCUGAAAGACUCAUCUUUGCUCUGGAACCAGAGGCUGCGUCUGUGUUCUGUAAGCAGCUACCAAGUGAUGGUUUCAUAGCAGAAGGAGAGGAUUGUGAAGACAAAUUGGAGCAGAAACCAGGAAGCCAGUACAUGGUUGUAGAUUGUGGAGGUGGCACUAUUGACAUAACGGUCCACGAGGUGCUGGAUGACGGCAAGCUGAAGGAGCUGCACGCUGCAACAGGAAAUGACAUGGGUGGACAGUCAGUAGACAAGAAUAUUGUGUCUUUUCUAAAAGAUGUUUUCUCAGAGGAAAUUUUUGAGAAAUUUGAGAAAGAAUACCCAAGUGAAGCACUUAAACUGAAGUAUGACAUUGCACUUAUAAAAUCUUGUGAUGAUGUUGUGAGGAUUUCAUGUCCUAGCAGCUUACAAACACUCGCUAAAGAUAAACAGAGCAUGGAAAGUUAUUUUGAGGAUGUUCAGGGAGUAAUGUGGGAUGAUGGUGGAAUAUUCAUUGAACAAGAAAAGCUAAAAAGCUUCUUUGAUACCAGCUUGAGUGCUAUAGAAAGCACAAUUAAUCAGAUCCUUAAGAACACAGAGCUGAAGAUUGAGUACAUGUUGUUGGUGGGAGGCUAUGCUCAGUGUUCUUUUCUGAGGAAAUUCAUGAAGAAGCGAUUCGGCAGCAUAUGCAAAGUACUUUGCCCUGUUGAACCUCAAGCAGUAAUUUUAAAGGGAGCGAUCCUGUACGGAAAAACACCUUCCGUGGUUAAAUCUCGUAUUAGUGCGCUCACAUAUGGGUUCUGUAUAUGUGAAAUAUUUGAUGAAACCAAACACAAGGACAAAAGCGAAUAUGAAAACUCAGAAGGAAAAGUGUUCUGUGAUGUCUGCUUUGACCAGCUUGUCAGCAGAGGGGAGUCAAUUGAAUGUGAUGAAGUCCGUACUUUCAUAAGAAGCCCAGCAGAUCCACUCCAAACAGAGGUAAAAUUUACAUUUUACAGCUCUGGAAGGCAAAAAGUAAAGUUUGUGGAUGAAUGGGGAGUAGAAGAGAUUGGUUCUUUAUCAGUUAACAUGCCUAUCGCUGACAAAGACGCAAAACGACAGGUCAGGUUGGAGAUAAAAUUUGGCUCCACUGAAAUGCAGGCAACUGCUACUGAUUUAGAAUCAGGUGAAACAAGAACAACUGAACUGGACUUCAUGGGUGAACAAAUCCAUACCCAAAAUAAAAUAUGUGCCUGAAUACAGUAAAAGCAAAAUAAAGUAAAUAAUUAAAAAACAACAAAGCAAAUAUACACCCUAUUUAACUAUAUAAAUGGUACAAUUGUUACAAUACAUUCUAAGUACAACGUUACAAAAAAAAAAUCCUAAUAACAAAGUAAUUCCAUUAUAUGAUUUGUACCUUUCUAUUUUGCAUAGAAUAAAAUACUUAACUGGAUUGUUGUAUUUUAACUGAUUAAAUUUAAUUAUAUUAUGCAGCAAGACAAUUUAUGACAUCAACAAGUAUAAUAAUGGUGUUGGCUGUAUCUUCAAGUAGUACUUAAAAUAAUAUAUUUUAUAUAAUACAGGUGUAAUACAGGUGUGACAAUCAAUUGUUAAUCAGAUGAAUGUUUACUGAUAAAUUUAUGGUGUUUUGGGCAUUUAAGCACAUGUAUGCUUGAUAAAGAUCAUUAGUUAAGGAAACUAGAUUUUGUCAAAUUUUUUACAAAAAUGUUUUCUUUAAUUUUGUACUUUGGCUGUCUUCCUUGUUCGUGUAAAAGAUGUUUCCAUUUUCAGUCACAGUGAAAAAAUAAAAAUUCAAUUAAAUGAGAAAUGUGGACAUUUUAGCUGUAAGACUGAAAAAUGCAACCAAUGGCUUGUUCUUCAUUUACCCCUCCCUUUGAAGAAGUUAUGGUGGCAGAUUAAGAUGUCUUAGUCUGAGACCACAGGGAUGGCCAGCAAUGACGAUUCUUUACAAAGAUAAAUUAAUGAAUUAUAUUAACCUAAUUAUUCAAUAAAUCAAUCUGCUAUUGCAAAUAUUG